GUUUCUCGUUUCGUGCGUGCUGGAGGUUCUUGCUGUUGAAGGUUUAUUGGUUUAAGGUUGUGUGUGUGAGUGUGCGUGUGCAUGUAGCGUGUUUGAAUCAUAUGUGACAGUUCGAAGCAUUGCUGUCAGUGAAAAUUAGGAUGAAGCUGCUGUUGAGGCAUAGAAACCAGGCAUUGCGUGUGUCACAAACCUUAUACUAAGCGGAUGGUCCUUGAUGGAUGUACACUUAUUAGCGCUUUGAUGGAUGAUAGUAACUAAUCUCACAGAGGAAAUGGCGGUAUCAGCGGAAACACGACUGAAAAGGUUCUUACACUAUGGAUCUGAACUUCCAUGUUAUGAAGCUGGUGCAUGGAAAACAAAUAUUGCCUCUCCAAACUAUGAAGCAGUGGAACUGACAUCAGUUGAUUCUCUAAUUUCUGAAGGGAAAGGAAGUGAUGUAGUAAAACACAUAAUUGAGCAAGAAGGAUGCAUGGCCUAUAUGAUAUACAUGAUACUUCAUAAAAAUCCAGAGAAAAUAGAAAUGGAAAUAGUUACAGUGAGAGAGACCUGCUGGGGAAGAGGGCUACGCCGUGCAGUUAAUAACUGGUAUUUACAUCAAGAACCACAGAAAAUGGCUGAAAAUGUUACUCGUUUUGUAGGAAUGCAUAGCUGGACACACAAGGAUAUUCUGAAAUUGGCUCAUACAUGUUCUAAAAAUCCAGCCCAAAAUGCUGUCAUCAGUUAUGUGAUAAAUGGUAUUGAGACAGCUCAGAAAUUAUUUAAUGAUAAGCCAGAGGCACAAGCAAUAAUUGAGUACCUGAAAAAUGUUGAGAAUCUUAAACAUAGCACAAAUUCCACUACAGCGUCAUUACUUAUAUCAGCACAUUCAUUUUCAUUUGAGUGUGUGCCAUCAGGCCUCUAUAGAUCGAAAGAAAUUUGGCAUGUGUUAAUACCAAAGAUGUCUGUGGUGACCAUAUUGAAGGUUCUGCGACGUUUGUCAAGAUAUCGGUUACUUCGACGAAAGUCGGUGAUUGUUCCACUUAUUGUGGAUCGUUUAAAGGAAGAAGAGGCCAUUAUAGAGGAGAAAGUACAGCCUGCGGAAAUCUUGCUCUACUUAAAAAAGUAUGAGUCAUCAUCUAGGUUGAGAUUUAUUGACAGAUCAAGACCAGUUAAGCCCCCACCACCAGUCAACCCUGCUGUUGUAGAUGCAGCUAAUGCACUUUUGAAUACAUCAGUCAGUCUUCUUAAACCAACUGGCUUGAAGUAUAUAAUAGCAGUCAACAAUGGAUUUGAUAUGAUACUGACAAAGUGUUGGCAGUGUCGUGAAUUGACAUGUUGUAUGGCUGCACUCCUGAUAACAUAUUGUAUUUACAAAACGGAGACAGAUGCUACUGUUCUUAUAUAUUCAGCAUCAGAUAUGGAGGAAGUGCCAUUGGAUAAAUCACUGUCUUUCAAUGAAACAAUUUCAACAAUGAGAGCGCGUUGUUCUGCUGCUAAAGUGAAUAUGGCACAACCUGUAAUGUGGGCACAGAAAAACAAAAAGGCAGUUGAUGUGUUUGUUGUUAUAACAAAUAACAACAAUGAAACAAGUUCUGCCUCUUUACCAACAUGCUUAAAUCAAUAUAGAACUGAAAUGAAUCUUCCUCAAACAAAGUAUAUUGCGGUUGGACUAGAUAUGUGUGGAUUGAAUUGUAUUGACCCAGCAGAUCCUGGUAUGUUGGAGAUCAAAGGAUUUGAUGAAAAGGUGCCCACUAUAAUUGAAGCAUUUUCAAGAGGAGCAUUUUAGUUUUGUUUAUUGCGAGUGAAAUCUGACGCAAGAUUAGAGUGACAGUUUGUGAUACAAAUAAAGUUUAACUUCUGCACACACGCGCUCUCUCUCUCUCUCUCUCUCUCUCUCUCUCUCUCUCUCUCUUUCUCAGAAGAAAUGUGUAUUUUGAUUGGAUUCACUUAUGAGCAAUGUCAUUCUUAACUUGAAUUGUUUACUAUUUUGAUAACAGCUUUUGGUAUGGCUUGUUAUUUUAUUUAUUACAUUAAUUGUUGAUGUUUAAUAUUUUUUCUAACUGCUGCACGUUAUGUAUUUAGUUUAAUCGUGUAACACAAAUCCAGGUUUAUGAAGUAGUGUUUGAGAGAUUUUAAGCAAACACCAUUAUUAUAAACAUAUUGCUCGCUAAAUUCAUAUGUCUAUACUGCUUUCUAGAUUUAAGAAAGAGACAAGUUAGUGAUCAACAGCAACAGUAAGAAUGAUUUUUGUCAUUCUUAUUCAGCUGAACUUUUUUUACUUUGUUUUCUAUGUGUGGUUAAAUUAACCAAAUGAUUUACACUAGACUGGGAAGUUGAAGAAAUGCUAGAGACUUAAUUUGAUUUCAGAAAAGUUAGAAUUACUGAAGAAGUAAUAGCAGCAGUGAAAUGUAAUUCUGAAGAAUGAACUGAGAAAAACUCAGACAUUUAGCAAUUGUAGGUCAGGACGUAGCUACUGACAGUAUAAAAUUGAACAGAAUAUUUUCUGAAUUAUAAAGCUAAGACGACUUGUAAAUAAAAGUUGGGAAGCUGCAGAAACCCAACAUUUUUGUUGAGAUGUGAAAAAUUGUAACCUUUGUUUUUCAACUUCGAAACUGUAAACGAAUUGAAGGAAAAGGCCAAAAUAAAUCUGAAAUUUCAUAAUAUAGAACAAAUAUACUACAUUUUCAGACAACAUUAAAAUCAUUCAUCUCUCUCUAUGACGUUUGAACAUGUCUAUUGUGAAAGUCAGAGACAGUCCUGAAAGAAUUUAAAUGUGGAGUUGUAGGAGGAAUGUUUCAAAAUAAAUUUAUAAGAUGUGGAAUGAAGAGACAAUAAGAAGGGCAUGUAUGAGGAGAAGCAUCAGUAAACAUUUUACAAGAAAACAAGAAAGAGAGAGUGGUAGAAGUGUAAACAAUUGGUUUAAGAAGAGAAGAGGUAAAAACAUCUCGGAAUAUCAAACUGCAGAGUUUUUUAAUGUAACACUUUGUAUAGUCAGUGUACAGGCUGACAUUACAUUAACUUCAGGCAUCCUUGCAUUGGAAGAUAGUAAAAAAAACAGCAGUCAUUUUGGAAGAGUUCUCACACAGUGGAAGGGAAAGAGGGAAUAGAACUUGGUGUGUGUAACACAGGCAAGGAAAGACUAUUGUGUGAUGUACUUUACUGAUGAACAUUUAUGUAGGGCAAACUAAAACUAUAGACACAGUUCUCAUAAUAAUCAUAUUAACACAGCAUAUAGCAUAAAUAAUGCAUUCCCACUUUUCUGAUACGACGAAACUGGAUGAAUAGGCAAUGAAAUGCUGGACUUAAAAUUAGUGGGCCAUAUAAGUACACUUUUUUCUGUAGUUUGUUUAAAUAAUUACAGGAAAUUAAACUGUUCCUUCCUCACCGUGAUGAAGCCUCUCCUCUGUCUAAGGAGGAGGCAUUGGUUGAAAAAAGUUUUCACCUAAAUGAUUUAAUGAGAUAAUUCCACAGGUAUUUUGUUUCUUUCAGGUGUCUUCAGUGUGUGCAUAAGCAUGUGUGUGUGUGUGUGUGUGUGUGUGUGUGUGUGUGUGUGUGUGUGUGUGUGUGUGUGUGUGUGUGGAGGGGGGGGGGGUGUAUGUGUUUGUUUUUCAUCAUUAGUAUCACCAGUACACUGAGGUAACAUUUCAUAUCUUUCCAACAGAGGAUUCAGUGUGAGUUUAAUCUUAUAGCUUUACUAACACUGUUAAAAUACGAAACAGACUAAAAUAAUUGUGAAAGGAAUGAAGGAAGAACAAAUCUCUUAAAAAUCAGUAGCAGGUGCAGUGCAACAAAAGCAAAAUACUCAAUUGAUAAGGAUAUAGCUCAAAUAUAAAUGGUCUUAAGUGAUACUGAUGUAAUGUAAUCUGUGGAAUUUUUAGUAGCAAGUCAGUACUAAAAUUUUGUUGGCAACUUAAUGUAGAUGCAAAUGAUAGCUUGCUAUAUCAGGAAACCUUUAUGAUUCAUACUUCUGCAAGGUAGUGCACGUUAUCUGAUUCUUUUCAUCUGAUAACAAUCCCACCAAAUUUUUCAAUUGUAAGGCAUCUCCCUUUCCCUUCCAGUCAUUGUUCAUGUUUCAGGUUUAAUAUGUAAUGUGUGGUACUUAAACGUUGAUGUAAUGCAGAAGUCUAGAGAAAAUGUGGGGAUGUUGGUGUGAAAGUCAGCUAGUUGAACGAAGCAGUUAAUAGCUUUUAAUUCAUAGCAGAGCUCUCAAAAUGUUAUGCCUUACCAGCUCUCAAGCACUGAUGACAUCCAAAAAUUGAUUAUACUUAGUGCUUGAAAUAACCAUACAGUAUCCAAAAGAAGUAGCAUCUUUAGGUCAUAAUAGUACUGAACUGAUGCCUGGUUUAAACAGCUUUACACACACACACACACACACACACACACACACACACACACACUUCAGUGAAAUUGUACCAUGGUAUAAAUCUUUUGUAAAAAUGUCACUGUAAGUCGUUUACUGAAGUAUAAUAAGCAUAUUGAAAUUGGUGACAUAACAUAUUUAAUCUAUUUGCUUCUAAGCCGAAUGUAUCUACCUCAUUGUACAUUAAGCGUCAGUGGUAUAAUCAGUAAAAUGUAUUUUGUAAUAUUUUUAACAUUGGAUGUAGUUUGCAACCAGAAUAAUGUUGGAUGUGUAAAACUGCUACAUUAUAUCGUAUGAUUUGCAUACACGUUGCAGGGUGCUAGAGGUCAAAAUAAUUUACUUUAGUUUCUUGCUUUUCUGUUGGUAUUUUUGCCAAUAAAAUAUUUUCUUUUCUGCAGUUGUGUGUUACACCCCUGUCUCCAUAGCUAUUUGUAGCCCAAACAUUUCUGCGAAUACAAUGGUUUAACUGUGGAAAUUGUUUCAAAAUUGUAGAUCUUUAUUUCAUAAUCAAUAUCUCUCUACAAGGUAGAGUUAAUUAAUCUAGGUAUCUGUAAUUUUUCAACCAUUAUUAGAAAAAAAAGGCGUUAAGAUAGAAAGUGAUUUUAAAAUCUAUUCAGAAGUUUCAUUCAUUUAGUCAAGAAACCCACAUGCACAAAUUUCAGUCUCAGUGGACAGGUUCACUCUCUACAAGUUUUAAUGGUUUGUAACCGGUCAUAAAAAUAAAUGGUCUUUAUAAUUCCUAUGUAUUGUCAGAUCUCAGAACUGAGGGAAAAUCAUUUUGGAUCAUAAAUUCCAAGUGUUAUCUGUAUAAUUGUCAAACCCAAAAAAGUAAUAUUUAUAAUAUCAUUUACAGUAAUUUCAGUUAACAUACAAAUCGCUACAAAAUUCUUUUAUCUAAUGUUAUAAAAUCCCUGUAUGUAAUCUUCUGGGAGCCAACUUCAUGCUGAAUGACUUAGCAAAAAAAGUAGCUCUUUUAAUAAUAUAAAUGAGUCUAAACAAAAGACUUGCAAAGUGGUUUAACAUUUUCUCUCUGUCUCUUCCAUCUACUGAGGGGUUAGAAAAUCUUUAGUGAUGAAUGUCAGCAGUUGUAUCAAAAAGUCACUGUCAGUAAGUAUUGAACUCCAAGCCAAGAAAAUAUAAGAAAACAUCAUGCAAUAUAAUUUCAUAAUUGCUUUGCAAUGCUGUUACACUGAUUCGCUUAGGUAUUCCACUAGUUGCUAAAAACUCAAUGUACAGGUACUUUCUUCUUCUUCUUCUUGUUCUUCUUCUUCUAUUUCAGUGCAGUUGGCUUACAUAGCUGCUAAUUUCUGAAACAAGUUAAUUGUCAAGACUAAGACUAUAUUGUAUAUAAUUGGUAUAGAUAAAAAGUGGGGAUGGAGGAAUGAGAUUAUGCAGCAAGAUGGAAGAGAGAGAUGGUGUUUUAGCCACUGUAGUAGGGCAGCUUGUGAUUUGCAUAUGCAACUGUAAUUCAUCCUCACAUUAGUGUUAUCUAAAAAAUACAAGUCUUAUCAAAGUGUUCUGCAGGUUCUCUCACUGUGUUAAAACAAGAUGCAUAUUCUGAAACACCUUCCACUCAAAAGUAGUACCAUAAAAUUUGAAACUUCUAUAAACAUCUAAUGGUGAUUUCCAAUGAAAGAUGAAUAAUGUGUUGUCAUUUUGACACUUAAUAUUAUUCUAUUACGAUUCUGCCUCUUUUUUUAAAAAAAUUUGGUGUUAGUUUGAUUGCAUUCUUGCACAGCUUUGCUGUCAUUAUCUUCUUUUAUUCAUUUUUUGUAUCCUAAAAACAAAGUAUCCUGUCAAAGCAAAAUUAACAUAAUUUUAAGAUUUUGCUCAAAUCUAAUAAGCUGUUAUCAGGUGACAUGUUGACAGAUUCACUAAGACUGUCAGAUGCAUGUGGCCAGUAUUAAUUAGCAUUUAAUAACAUCUGGCAUUCACAAACUUAAUCAGAUGUAUUAUUGCUAUUUUAUAAAUAAAUAGAGAAAACUAUAAAAUUCCUUUAGUUACUUUUCAUCAUGGAAGGCACUUAACCAUUUAUUCAAGCACUGAUGAGGCUGCUAAAUACGCCCAAUGUUCGCUCAUCUCCUUACAGCAACAUCAUUAGUGUUUUCAUUUACAAUCUCAUAUUUCAGAAUUACUAAAAUUGCAUGAGAACCUUGCAUUAUUACUGUUUAAUUCAGUACCGUAAGAAUUAGCAGACUGCUCUCCAAAAAGGAUUUUUAUAUGAGUACAUUUUGAAUCCUUUCCCACUUAAAAUAAUAUCAUUGAUCUUCCUUGUUCAUUAUUGACUUUUUAUUGAACAUCACAAUGUAAAUACAUGGUAAGUGUUUAAUUUUUCCCAUCUGUACAGCUGGUGAUAACCUUACCAGCAUAGUACAACAGUUUCUGAUUUAUCUGUACCAACUUUGCUGCAUCCUGCAGUAUUGUUUUAUUGGAGUUGAAAUCACUGCUGCAAAAUAAUUUUAAAAAUCCAUUAUGAUUUGAAAUCCACUUCGAUUUCCACACAGAUUUUAUUACAUCAAUGCUUAAGUCAGUCAGUGGUAGUUAUAACUUGAAAUUUUUUCCACAUUUUCUUUAUCUCAUUCUGAAUUAACAUAAUGCAAAAAGUACAUAGCAGAACUGUUUUAUAACAGAAAUCAUCUGCUUUUAUCAUCAUUUAAAUAUUUCAACUAGUUAUGUAAUAUACGGUGUUUAUGCCUUUCCUUGGGAAUUUAAAAUUUUGCUUGUGUUCUUGCUCAAUAUAGUUUGUUCUCAGACAUGUUUUGGUUCCACAUGCUUUGAAUUCAGUAAAUCAGUACAAUUUAACCAACAUUGUUUUAAUUUUUCAAAAAUUUUCUAUUUUAGUAUAUGAUUUCAUCUACCUACUGUCUGUAAUUGCACAUUUUGAUCAUUUGCAUUAUAAGUCUGCAGGAUGUUCCCCACAGUCUGUUUUCCUCUAAAGCUUAAGUCCAUAAAUUUGUAUUCUAAUAAGAGGAACAUGUUGUGAACCUGUGUAUCAUUAAUUGUAUGCCUCUCUUGUUCUCAACAACACUGAUAAAAUAUAAGCAGACUGCAUUGCUGAAAAGCAUAUAUAUUAGAUGUAAACAAGGGAAUAACUGAGAAUUACCUGAAUACAUUUAUAAUUUCUAAUACACUACCUAUAUCUUAAUAACCUUUUUAGUUCAAAACUGAGUGUUUUUGAACACCUGCCAUUGGUUUUCUCUGUAUUUUCUUUUUCUCUAUUGAAGCACUGUGUUGUAGUCAUUCAAAAUUUAUCUGUUAUAGGAAGCUGACAUUUAAAAAAACAAUGUGACUCUGACUGUCCCUUAAAUUUCUGUUCAGAAAGCUUACAUUCUGAAAAUAGUUUUUACUUACUUAAGUAAUGACCAAAGUGCUGUUGUAUUAUACAUCGAAAGUAUUGAGUAGCACAACUUUGAUCACAAAACUCCAUUUGAAGACAGCUGAUCAAUGAAGUGUGUGUUCCUAAUAUAGACUGCAUUGUAAAACCUUCCUAGAGUUUUUUUACACAUAUCAUUGUAAUGAGAACUAUAACAACUACAGUUGAUAUUGUUGAAUGUUUUAUUUUGAUGAAGUGUAUGGUUGAACAUAGUUAAUAGUUUGUCUCUUCAUUUUGCAUUUUGACUAAUAAAAUAUCUCUGACUAGAUUACUUUUUUAGUAGUGUUUUAAAGGAGCAAGAAAUAUUGAGGAAAGAAAUGUCAUGUCAACAAAGAGAGUGAUCAUAAUGAGAGUUUAUUGCUUUCUUAUAAUAAAGUUUUAAGUGUGAAUACUGAUGCACAUAGCUAAGGAAAUCACGUGGGGUAAGCAAGUUACAUAUUUGCUCCUAAUUUGUUAAGUUAUAUGGAAUUUAGACACAGUGUUAAGGUAUCUAUAGAUCCUUAAGGUAUAGAUGUUUCUGUUUUCCUUUCUAUGUUGUGUGUACUACACUAAGUAUGCUGGGCUUGUAACGUAAAUACUUUACACAUUACUUUUUAUUCAGUACAAAAAUUACUGUUGGUAAAAUUUAUUUUAAUGAAGUUGUUGUAUUUGAUUUACUGUAUUAUGAAAUUGUAUUUUAAUUAUCAAACUUCUCAAAACUUCCUUACAAAUGAGCUUUAGUUUUAGUAAAAUGGUUGAAAUUUGUCAGUGCCGUCCAUAUUAUGACACUUUUCUGUGGUCAUAUAUUUAUAGAGAUAUUAGUGGUUAACUAAUUCGAUAAUGUUUAAAAAAGUUGUAAUAAGGAUGUGUAAAUAGUGGUGUUCCCACUAUAUUGUAACUCAUUCACAUUUUCUUGCACAAGAAAUUGAUUAGACUGCUAUAUAGUGGCAUGAAUUCUGAUCAUAAUAUUAUGUAAUACAGUUCAUAUGUUCUAUUUGCUUCACCACUUUUGUUCCUCAUAUUGUGUGUUACUUGCCAGUUAUGAAUUAUGAAUGCAAUCUGAUUAGCUAUAAUCAAUACUGGCAUUCUGAAAAUAUUAAUGUGUGUAGAUAGGUCAUAUUAUUGAUAUAAUUUCGAUAAGAACUACUUAUUUUUUGAUGUAUAUAUUUGUAUACUUCUAAAUUUAAUAUGUAGUGGUUUUGAAGAUUUUUGGACAUUACAUAUUUCGGAAUAGAGAAUUUUGCAGACAGUGGCAUAGUAUCUGAUUCAUUGCAGUGUAACUGUGUAAAAGAGGUAGGAUUUUAAACAUCUGUUUGUAUACAUAAAACUGUUUUGCCAUCUGUUGGAAAUGAUCUUCAUUGUGUGAGUCUAGUUACAAAGCCUGAUGGACGACAUAACAUCCGAAUGCAUUUGGCACUCAGGCAGUAUUUAUUAAAAAUAGUGGAAAAUCUUUUUUUAUAUAAGUAGUAUUUAUUAAUUUUAAUAUGUAACUUCGUGCAAUUUUUUUUAAGUGAGUGGGAGAAAGCAAAGUGGAACACUUAUUAAUGCUAUGCCUAUUGAAACGGCGUGAUGUUAGAAUGUCUUCAUGACUUCUUUUUCUACUGCAGUAGAGGUGAAAGAAAUAUUAUUUCUUAUUGUGUUAAUGUAAGAAACUGAUGUCUGUCAACUACAAAAGAAGAUAAUUACCUUGUACCAGGCUGUAAGCAAUGAAGUUCAAGUAGAGAAUACCAUUUGUGUUCUUGUUUGAAUUUGCCAACAUAUAUUUUGAUGAACAUGGAUAUUGGUGUUUCUAGAGAAUUUGUGUGUGUGCUUAUCAUAUUGUUUGAACAAAAUUUGCCUGGUUUUAUUAAACGAUAUUGUUUACAAGUGUAUUGACUCUUAAUGUAAAGCAAUAAACUGUUUCAAAUUGUUUAAAACAA